AUGCGUGUAGUCGUGUCGUUUGAUCUCCUGGCUAGAACAGGUAAUCCUCGAAAGCGGAGGGGCACCUCGCAGAUCAGCCCCGCAAUCAAGUUUACUGCUCAGAGUGAGCCAACGCCCCUCUUUCUCAAAUGGGGGGAGCAGGUCUUCAGCCGCAGCAGUCUGUCGGGUAUCGUCAAGAUUGUGAUCAAGGGGGCCACUCUGCAGAAGAAGCACCGCUGGUAUGCGGUGGUCACACUGGGGAACCAAUCCUUCAGGACUUCCACAGCAAGCUCGUCGAAGACUCCCGUGUGGAACUCGGAGAAGAAAGUGGCGCUAGAGGAGAAUGGGGCCAGGGUUUGCCGAGUAUCCAUCAUAGAGUCUCAGAAGCUCUCCAAGAACAAGCUGGAGGGCUACGCAGAGUUCGACCUCAGCAGCAUCUUCAAAGAGGGCAAUCAGCACGCCGACGAUGAGAUACCCCUCUACAACCCCUCCACAAAGACGCAAAGUGUUGGGACCCUCCGACUCUCCUACAUUGCAGAGCCAGCGCAUGCUACCAUCCAGCAGUUUUCGAAGCGCCUCUUGACGCUGGGAGACCGAGAUCAAAACGGGAUCCUGAGCCUGGCGGAGUUCCGGGAACUGAUGCACGCGUUUGGCAACCCCAACAAAGACAAGGAGAUGGAGGAGCUGUUUCAGACUGCCGAUAAAAACGGGGACGGGAUAGUCACGACAGACGAGCUGGCGGAACUGGUGGCGGUCGAUGCAGAAAAGCACCCGUUGCUGCAGCGGUGCCCGGUGUGCGGGGAGGACAUCAGUGACAAGGACGCGCUGAACGCGGUGGUGCACAUGUCGCUCUGCUUUAAUGAGGGCUCCACCAACACCAUCAUGACCGGGGGGUUCCUAACCGAGGCGCAAGCCACCCACGGGUGGAUGUUCCGAAUGAGCGAGUGGGCGCACUGGUCCAGCUACGACGUGGGGCUGCACCAGGGCGCCAAUGCGAGCCACAUCCUGGUAUUCGACCGGACGCAAAAGCGGCUGCGCGAAGAGUUGAUUGACAACAAGAUCGUGCUGGCCAUGCGCGCUAUCUACCAGUCCAAGCUCGGCCUCGUACUCCUCGACGCAGGCACGCGGCGCUACUUGGCGAGCAUGUCGGAGAAGCAGGGCCUGCUGAUGGACAAGCCGGAGAGCGCGGCUGCCAUCCCCAAGUUCCUCAAGGCAUUUGAGGGCGAAAUCAACGUCGACGAGAUGAAGCUGCCGCUCUCCGAGUUCAAGACCUUCAACGAGUUUUUCACACGCGAGUUGAAGCCGAGCGUCCGACCAAUCAGCUCGCCCGAAAAUGAUAACGUGGCAGUGUGCGCCGCAGACUGCCGCCUCAUGGCUUUCAACGAUCUCGAUGCUGCCACGCGUUUUUGGGUCAAGGGGCGGAAGUUCUCUUUGGCGGGGCUCCUUGCCGAUAAGCAUUUGGGCAAGGAGUUUGAGGGGGGCAGCAUGGCCAUCUUCCGAUUAGCCCCGCAGGACUACCACCGGUUCCACUUCCCCGUGACCUGCACUGUCGGAAGCAUCACCCCCGUCAAAGGUCAUCUUUUCACGGUCAACCCAAUCGCAGUCAACAGCAAGUAUUGCGACGUGUUUACGGAGAACAAGCGGAGUGUGGCAAUCCUUAAAACGAAGGAGUUUGGCGAUGUCGCCUUUGUUGCCAUCGGUGCGACUAUGGUGGGCACCAUCACCUUCUUGAAAAGCGUGGGAGAGCAGGCGCAAAAAGGGGACCAGUUUGGCCACUUCAAAUUUGGGGGAAGCACAUGCAUCGUCGUCUUCAAAAAGGACGCUAUUUCUUUGGACGAGGAUCUGAUUGCAAACAGUGAACGGUCGCUUGAGACUCUGGUCCAGCUGGGGCAAACUCUAGGGGUUGCUAAGGGUGUCCCCGUCAUGACGCGACGGCCGUCGAUAUACGACUCAGUUGUCGGGGUGGAGGGGCUGCCGUCGAGCAGGCCCCAUUUCGUCACGGAAGAGACCGCCGUGCCCGGCGUUCAGCACGUGGACCUGCCGGCCUCGCCCCAAAACGAGGCCCCCUCAACCAGCGGGGAGCCGCCGAAUACUCCCAGCAUGAGAACGCCGCCGGCCAUGCCCCGGGAACGACGAGACGACGGGUCGUUGACUCCGCACGACCAGGUGUACGCGAGCCUGACGAGCGAAGAGCGGCAGCUCUUAGGGGAUCACGCAGCGCGGCUACAAGCAGUCUGGCGCGGCCGCACUGCGCGGACCAGUCUGAAGAUGCCCGGGAACACGCCCCCGAGUGGGAACACCCCGCAAACAUCGCCGAAAGUAGACGACUCAAAAGGUCAUCCUCAAAAGGCCUCGGGGACAUCCAGGCAGCAAACAUGAACUGCUUGUUAGCUCCUUGAUUCAAUACUACCAUAACGUUCUACAGAGUCCCAAGAAGCUAAAGUGUUUGGCGAUCAAAGUUACGUUGGGGUUGACCCAUGUCGUUAUCAAAGCGUCACGUUCAGUGUUUCUGUGGUCGGACUUCUGCCCUUGUCUUGCCCUCC